GUGAUGUUAUUGUUUACAUCAAUGACGUAUGUGUGCUGGGCACCACCCAUGCAGAUGUGGUCAAGCUGUUCCAGUCCGUGCCCAUCGGCCAGAGCGUGACGCUGGUGCUGUGCCGUGGCUACCCGCUGCCCUACGACCCCGAGGACGCCGCCUCCACCACCAACACCUCCGCCGGCACCAGCCUGGUGUCGCCCGCGGGCAACCCGCUGCUGGUGAACGGGCGCGGCGCCUACGACGGCUACAUGGAGUACCUCUCGCGGACGGCCCGGCUGGUGCAGCAGCAGCAGGGCGACGCGCAGCUCGCGGCCGCCGCACACCUCGGAGGCCCUCUCCCGCCCGGCCACCACCCGGGGGACACCCACCUGGACGGCUCGGGCCUCCCGGCGCCGCCGCCGCCGCACGAGGACAGCGUCUCCAUGGCGUCGUCGUCGGGCGCGGCCACGCAGGUGGCCAGCGGCUGCGGCAGCGACGGCCCGACGCCCGUGGUGCUGCUGACGGUCGCAAUGGUCAAGGGGCCCGACGGCUUCGGGUUCACCAUCGCCGACGGCGCCGACGGCCAGCGGGUCAAGCAGGUGCUGGAGCCCCAGGGAUGCCCGGGCCUGUGCGAGGGCGACCUGAUCGCCGAGAUCAACCGGCAGCCCGUGCUGGGCCUCAACCACACGCAGGUGGUGGACAUGCUGAAGGAGUGUCCAGUGGGGGCCGAGGCCACUCUGAUGGUGCAGAGAGGAGGGACAGGUCAGUUUUCCCCCUGGAAGACCCCCAAACAGGUAACCAGCCUUGUCUUCCAACACCCUGAGAUUUAUCUUUUUCUCCUUCUGUUCUCUAUUUAA